GAAAUAGGUGGGUUCAGAGCCCUUCAUGUCUCUUAUAUUCUGUUGAGUUUUAGCCCUCUUUAGAGCAGGUAUGGGGUUUUCAGAUCUCUUAGACAGAGUUGGAGGCCUUGGUCGCUUCCAGUUUAUCAACACAGCUUUACUGACAAUCCCUGGAUUCAUAAUGGCAAGCCAUACCAUCAUGCAGAAUUUUUCUGCUGCUGUUCCUGACCACCAUUGCCGAAUUCCUAAUAACACCAUACCAGCCGGCAACUGGAACAUCCCGACUUCAAUGCUUGAUGAUCAGACUCUCCUAAAAGCAUUUGUGCCUCAUGAUGAGAAAAAUAAACCGUUGAGAUGUCUGCAGUUCACAGAGCCACAGUGGCACUUGCUGUUCCUAAACCAGAGCCAGGCAAACACCUCAGGGCUUCAGACUGAGCCGUGCCGGCAUGGAUGGACUUACAACAGACAAGAAUUUGUUGAAACGAUAGUGACUGAGUGGGACCUCGUGUGUGACCUGCGGUACAUGAAGCAGAUGAGCCAGACUGUCUAUAUGGGGGGAGUUCUGGCAGGAGCCCUCAUCCUUAGCAGCCUCUCAGACAAGUUUGGCCGACGCAGACUCCUCACUUUUUCGUACCUGAAGCUGGCCGUGUCGGGCACGUGUACGGCCUUUUCACCUUCCUACGGUGUCUUCUGCUUCCUGCGUUUCAUGACUGGCAUGGCCAUAUCCGGAGUUGUCCUCAAUGUCGUCUGUCUAGUUCUAGAGUGGACACCAAUGAAAUCUCGCACAAUUAUUGGUACAACGGCUUCAUUCAGUUUCACCAUUGGUCAGCUUGUGCUGGCCGGCAUUGCAUAUGGGAUUCGCGAUUGGCGCAAACUGCAGUUGGUCAUCUCAGUUCCAUUUUUUAUCUGCUUCUUCUACAGUUGGUGGAUUUUAGAAUCUGCAAGAUGGCUGAUAAUACAUAAAAAAUCGGAUGAGGCUCUUAAUCAAAUUAAAAAGGUUGCCAGAAUCAAUGGACAUGAAAAAGAGGGAGAAGCCAUCACAGCAGAGGUUUUGAAGGAACAUAUGCAGGACGAAGUGCAGUCAGACAAGAAGAUAUACACUGUCAUUGAUCUCUUCCGUACUCCCUAUAUAAGAAGGACCACUCUGUGUCUCAUGAUUCUCUGGUGUGCCACCAGCUUUGGAUUCUAUGGCCUACUUAUGGACCUGCAGAGGUUUGGUGUCAGUGUGUUCUUGGUUCAAGUGAUAUUUGGAGCCAUUGACUUUCCUGCUAAGGCACUCUGUGGUUUUUCUAUGAUGUUUAUCGGACGGAGAAUUAGUCAAGCAGCCUUUCUGUUAAUCUCUGGCCUUCUCAUCCUGGCUAAUGCCUUUGUGCCUUAUGAACUACAAGCACUGCGCACAACAUUUGCAGUUCUGGGGAAAGGACUGCUGGGUGCCUCAUUUACAUGUGUCUAUCUGUAUACUUUGGAGCUUUAUCCGACUGUCAUCAGGCAAACUGGAAUGGGAUUUGGAUCAACAAUGGCUCGAGUAGGAUCAAUGACAGCACCGAUAGUCAUGAUGCUUGAAGAUUACCUUUAUGGUUUACCUCUGAUGGUGUACGGGGCACUGCCUGUGAUUGCAGGCCUCAUCGUAUUCUUCCUUCCAGAGACUCGUAAUAUGCCAUUGCCAGACACCAUAGAGUAUGUGGAGGCACAACGAAGUCAAGAAAAAAGAAAACAGAAUACAAAGGGUGAAAUUACUCCUGAGGUUUUGCUGUCCAGUAAAUUGUGAAGAUAUUUCAAUAACUGAUUUGAAUUGGCCUUCAUGGACAGUGGCAUCUUUCAGCUGUAAACAUUGUGAGUUGUAUGACGUUCUGUUAGAUUAGUGGAGUUAAAGAGGAUGUGACUCAACAUUUUAUUUGUAUCAUAAAAUUAAAUAAUUUGGAGAAAAUUAGUAAA